UGGGAAUUGGGGAAUCCUGCUCUUAAAUCCCGGUGGGAAUUCUGCCCUGAAAUCCUGGUGGGAAUUGGGGAAUUCUGCCCUGAAAUCCCAGUGGGAAUUUGGGAAUUCUGCCCUGAAAUCCCACUGGGAAUUGGGGAAUUCUGCCCUGAAAUCCCAGCGGGAAUUCUCCCUGAAAUUCCACUGGGAAUUGGGGAAUUCUGCCCUGAAAUCCCGGUGGGAAUUCUCCCUGAAAUUCCACUGGGAAUUGGGGAAUUCUGCCCUGAAAUCCCGGUGGGAAUUGGGGAAUUCUGCCCUGAAAUCCUGGUGGGAAUUUGGGAUCACCCCUCAGGAAUUGUCCUGGGAAAUGGGGACGGUACGAUCCCAAAAUCCUGGUGGGAAUUGGGGAAUUCUGUCCUGAAAUCCUGGUGGGAAUUGGGGAAUUCUGCCCUUAAAUCCCGUUGGGAAUUGGGGAAUUCCCUCUGGAAUUGUCCUGGGAAAUGGGGAUGGUACGAUCCCAAAAUCCCAAAUGGGGAGGGAUCUCCCUCUGGGAAUUGGGAAUUUCCCUCUGGAAUUACUCCUGUGGCUCAGUUUACGUGGAAGAGUAACGGUACAAUUCCAAAAUCUCCGUGGGAAUUUGGGAUUCCCCCUCUGGAAUCACUUUGUGCCUCAUUUUACCUGGAAAAGAAACGGUACCGUCCCAAAAUCCCAGUGGGAAUUUGGGAUUUCUCCUCUGGAAUCACUUCGUGCCUCAGUUUCCCUGGGACGGGACCCCAAAAAUUGGGAUUUGGGACCCAAAAAAAACCCAGGAAUUUUGGACCCAAACCCAGGGAUUUGGGACCCAAAAAUCAGGGAUUUGGGACCCCUAAAAAAUCAGGAUUUUGGGACCCAAAACCCAAGGAUUUGGGACCCAAAAAUCCAGGGAUUUGGGAUCCCCUCAGGCCUCGGUUGACUUGUAACCAUAGCAAUAAACCACUCGCGCAUUGGUCGGUUGCGCUGUCAAUCACUAAACGG